CUCACUCACCCCCAAAGCCCCGAACCAGAAUGUCCACCCAAUCCCCCUCGCAAACAACCACCCAAACCGGGUAUAUCACAAUUCCCACCACCAACCACAAACUCUACCUCUCCACCUCCGGGCCCCCCCGUCUCCCCCUCGAAAACGGAAAACUACCACCAGCCAUAAUCCUCGAAUCCGGCCUCGGCAGCUCCUCCAGCGAAUGGACCGUAACUCAACGGCUUAUAUCCCACUUCGCAAGAGUCUAUUCCUACGAUCGAGCGGGGUAUGGUCAGAGCGAGGUGUCUCCGUUACCGCCGACGGCUCAGAAUAGGGUAUUGGAGUUAGGGAGAUUAUUGGAUGUAGCGGGGAUACAACCACCAUAUAUUCUAGUAGGCCAGUCAUACGGGGGCGUUCUCAUUCGAGAAUUCCUACGAGUCUAUGGGAAAGAAAAAGUCAUGGGAAUGGUGAUUAUUGAUUCAGGGAGAGAAGUUAAUCCGUUAUCGAAGGGAUGGUGGGAAUUAUUAGGGGGGUAUAGAUUGGGGAGUGUAAUUGGGUUGGAUACUAACCAUGCAUACACGGAGGAGGAAUAUGAGAUUGUGAAACGGGAUGAGAUACAGAAUGAGAAUACAUUCUGGAUCGAAGAGAGCCUUGUCAAGGAGAGUAUGGAGAUACUCAAUGCCCAAGUACCUAUAACCGAUCAAGCACUUGGUGAGGGACGAUUAAGUGUGGUGUUUGGGAAUCGGUCGGUGGAUUUUAAAAAGGUGUUGGAUUUUGGGAUUGAGAAUGGGUUUGGGAGUGUAGAGGCUAGAUUGGCUUUGGAGAAGAGGUUGGAGGGGAUGGAGAGGGUGGAUGAGGAGGGGCAGAGGGUGCAUUUGGGGUUGUCGAGUCAGAGCAGGUUUGUCAGGGCUACUGGGGUGGCGGAGACGCAUUGUGUGCAUUAUGUCGCGCCGGAGUUGGUGAGGGAUGAGGUUUUUUGGGUUUUUAGUGGGUGUAUACCUGGUUUGUAA